AUGUCUAUUGAAACAAAAGUGGGUGUUCAAAUCCAUGCGAAAUUAGGUCGUGAAAUAUGGGCUGUUCAAAUUCCAACAAAAACAUUGCUGGCUGUUGGUAUUGAUACAUAUCGUAAUUCUCAAUCAUGUUCAUUACAAAUGGUCGGUUUUGUUGCAUCAAUGAAGCCAAUGUGUACACGUUAUUAUUCACGAGUUAUUGGAUAA